AGCCAAGUUUCUUUCAUGGAGAGAAAGCAAGUCUCCCCACGAACACGCUUUAAAGAUGCAACAGGGUGUGUGCGCGGCGGGAUGGGACAAACCCUUCCCGCACGGGUAAAGAGCACCUACGGCCGCCUCUUCUCCUGCCCCUGCUGGGGAGGUUUCCCACGGGCAGGCGGGGCCGGCGUGCGGCUCUGCCCCCGGCGGAGCCCCAUCCCCGGGGCCGGUCCGCCCGCCCCCCAUCCCGGCCCCGCGGGCGCUGCGGGCGGUGCCGGCGGCUGCGGCGGGCGGAUGGCGGCGGAGCGGGGAGCGGGGCUGCGCAUCUUCCGCGAUAUAUUACGAAGAGCAGACAAGAAUGAUGAUGGAAAACUGUCCUUUGACGAAUUCAAAGCUUACUUUGCUGAUGGAGUUCUGAGUGAAGAAGAACUGCAUGAACUUUUUCACACCAUUGAUACACACAAUACUGACAAUCUUGAUACAGAAGAACUCUGUGAUUAUUUUUCCAAGCACUUAGGAGAGUAUGAAAAUGUUCUAUCUGUUUUGGAAGACUUAAACAUAACCAUACUGAAGGCAAUGGACAAAACAAAGAAAGACUAUCAGGAGGCUUCUAAUUUGGAGCAGUUUGUGACUCGCUUUCUCUUGAAGGAGACACUGAACCAGCUUCAGUCCCUCCAGAGUUCCCUGGAGUGUGCCAUGGAAACCACGGAGGAGCAGACCCGGCAGGAGAGAAAAGAUCCAACAAAACCAGAAGUGCUCUCAGUCCAAUGGCCAGGGAAACGCUCAGCUCGAAGGCUUCAGAAGAACAACAGUUUGUCAUCAAAUAACCCUCAUUCUAGCACAGGUUGGAUUGAGGAAGACAGCCAGUGGAUGACCCAGAUAAACAGACUCCAGAAGCUAAUUGAUAGACUGGAAAAGAAGGACCUAAAGCUUGAGCCAUUUGAAGAGGAAGUUUUAGAAGAAAAUGCAAGAUCUCACAUAAUGAUCGUUCAAAAUCAAAUGUGUGUGAUAGAAGAAAAAAUUGAGGAAUUCCAUCUUGCCCUGAAGCAGUAUGUGGAAUCUGCUUCUACUCUGGGUGGCUGCCUGCAUAUUUCCAUACAGAAGCUUCCAAGUAAUUUCCGCUUCAUUGUUUAUGAGUUCUGGGAGAACAGCAAUGCCUGGAAUAGCCACCUUCAAAUGAAUUACAGCAAGACAUUCCAAAGAAGUAAUGUGGAUUUCUUGGAAACUCCAGAGCUCAUCACAACAAUGCUAGUCCCUGCAUCAUGGUGGGUCCUCAAUAACAACUAGAAGCUGUUCCAAGUAAUGUUAAUGUUGCACUGUUUUUCAUUACACCAACAUUCAUAUAGCAGUAUACAGGUGUGCUGGGCUAUGAAUUUAUGAUGUGAUAAUGUUUGUUAUUAUGGAUGCGAUCUUUUCCACUUUAUCCGUCUUAAAAUCUGGAAAAUUGCAUAUUUAUUACCUUCUCUUCUUGUGACUAGUUCGGAGACCUGAUGUAUUCUAAAAAUUGAAAUAAGAAAUAAGACAACUAUGAUAUUUAUUGUGUAUAUUCAGUCCAAACUAUCACAGAGAAGUACAUCUUGAUUUGUAUGACUAAGUAUUUGUGAAAAGUUUCAAUCUUGCAUUAAUAAACAAUCAUUACAUAA